AUGAGCAAAAUAAUUAAUCUUCCGUAGAAAAUAAAGGAACAUGAAUUCAAUUUGAAAGACUACUCAACAGAACAAUUUGAUGAGAUUAAAAAGAAUCUGAUAAUGAAGAUAUCAGAUAAUAGGAACAUGAUUGAAUUACUGAAAUUUUUAGUCCAACUUACUAGUAGAGAUGAUCAAUUCAUCUAAUGUGGAUCCAAUUCACUUAAUAUGCUAAUAAGGAUGAAGGUAGAUCUAAGAAACCAAUCAUUUAAGAAUAUCAGGAUGAAGAAUACUUCUAUGAUUGGAGGAACCUUUGUACGGUGUAAUUUUAAUGGAUCUGAAUUUAAGAAUGUAGAUAUAAGUGGAGUGAAAUUUAAUGGUGCUUAAUUGAUCAAUUGUAAUUGGAAGAACAUUAAGAUCCAUCUAAAAACUAUUUAUAUCAGGAAAAUAAAAAUUUUAAUUAAAUAGCCAUACUAUAUCGGUUUAUUCGGUAUGCUUCUCUCUAAGGGUAUUAAUUGA